GCUUCAUCCACUCCUUCCCUACGUUCAAGCAACGCCGCGGUCACACCUCCCCCCUCAGUGGUCAAUUGCCAUCACUAUGUCGCUCUCCUCCGCUUCCAGCACUCUGCUGCGCACUUGCGCCCGCCAGCAGCUGCCUACCACCCGCGCCGCCGUCACCUCCUGCCAGCAGCGGAGGGGAGUUGCGGAUGCGAAGGCUUCCUUCGACAGCCCCUUCGUUAACGCCGGAGAGCGUGGCUCGACUGUGAAGAUCCCCAACUUCAGCAAAUACAAGUCCAACUCCUCUCCUCGCACCAACCAGGUCUUCUCCUACUUCAUGGCUGGCACCAUGGGUCUGGCCUCCGCCGUCGGUGCCAAGGCCACUGUCCAGGACUUCUUGGUCAACAUGUCCGCCUCCGCCGAUGUCCUGGCCCAGGCCAAGGUUGAGAUCGCUCUUGGUGCCAUCCCCGAGGGCAAGAACGUCAUCAUCAAGUGGCGUGGAAAGCCCGUCUUCGUCCGUCACCGUACCCAGGCUGAGAUCGACGAGGCCCGCGAGUCCAAGUGGGAGUCUUUCCGUGACCCCCAGUCCGACGAGGACCGUGUCCAGCGCCCCGAGUGGUUGGUCAUGCUUGGUGUCUGCACUCACCUUGGUUGUGUCCCCAUUGGCGAGGCUGGUGACUAUGGCGGCUGGUUCUGCCCCUGCCACGGCUCCCACUACGAUAUCUCUGGUCGUAUCCGCAAGGGCCCGGCCCCUCUGAACCUGGAGGUUCCCCAAUACAGCUUCCCCGAGGAUGAGACUCUCGUCAUUGGUUAAGCGAUCUGUUACAAUAAAAUCCAGAAUUGACUCGUUUAGACCGAAGUGGAUGGGAAAGCGAGAGGUCCCGUGUAUGUGCAGUGAUUUGAUUUAUUUCCUUUUAGACAGAGCGGCCGUGUGUCAUUGUCAAGAUUAAGAGACCGUGUUUUAAUAUGGACAAAAAUGAGCCUCUUUUUUACACCCAUUUUUCCAAGGCCUGUUCUCGGUCUUGCGGCAUUGAUCUGCGGGUGUUUCUUUUGGCAGACCCGAGUCUUGCUUGGUUCUCGUGGUCUCCUUGAGUAUAUACUUGUUUUUUAUAUCUGCCAGUGUAUUGCCUAGUCAUGAAAUUUCUUUUGUUUCAUAA